AUGCUCUAUGCUGAUAAAGGAACGAUGCACAGUUGCGAGCCAGUGCCAGCGCCAACGGCUUCCGGCGCGAGCCUGCUCUUGCAGCUAGGACGUCUAAUCAUCAGAUCUCGAAGCUCCAGCCCCGCGAGUAGACCAACCCACGAUCGGCUUUUACAUUCUAAACUGUUACCCGCCAAUCCUUCUACUAGUUCACAGACCCCAGAGUCCAGAGUCCAGAGCCAACCGAAGCCGGAGCCCGAGGAACCGAAAACAGGCGUGGAAACUCAGCUCAGCAACCAUGUGCAAGCGUUGUGGAACGAACAAAUUCCUGUCUGCAUUGAAGUUCUACUGGCUCCAAACUGCACGGACUGCUACACAUCGCUGUGUCGAGAGGAUGGAUUUGACAAGAAUUCGCGCGGGUUGCUGCUUGAACGUUGGACUAUGAGAGCGCAGAUGAAGAAAGGAGAAAAUAGCCCAUCAUUCAGUACAUCACAGUGGCUUUUGAACGCAGUCAGAUCACAGCUGCACUUCUCCCAGUUGUCUGCAUGGCUCGCGAGGCUGAAGGAGACGGAGGAGAGUCCUACUGAGCGCAGACGGAAGCUAAGUCGCGAAACGUGCAACAUCAAAAAGUUAGAAGCAAACUGUGACGCCGAAGUACCAGGGAACCAGCGCAAACUGAACGUCGUUUACUCCAUAAAGAUAUCUGAGGACAACUACAAGAAGGCAGACUUUAUAAUACCGCCUACCGAUCAUAAAUUCCCAGUCACAGACUUUGGUAAUUUUUACUUGAACGUGAUACUACAAAGUCUACCGAGACUAGACGAUAUACCCAAUAUGAAAUGCACGUGUCCAAAAAGAAGAACUAGCAAAGAUGUACCCCCCAAUUUACACGAAGAAUUAGUAGGGAAAUUAAAUGAUCUCAGUAUAGGUAAUAAGUACGAUGGCGCCCAGAUCGAUGACAGAAUGCUGACUCCUUGCAGCGAAAGCGGUAAACACAAAUGCAAUUGCGACGAAGAGUCAGAUGGGAAGGAGAGACCAAAAAAACUGGACGACAGACGCGUGAAAGAGAUAGCUAAAUACAAAAGGAGACUGAGGAAAGAGUGCAAAAUUAAGAAGUUACAUGACAGUACUUCAUCUGAAGGCGACGGACUGCAGAAGAUGAAAGAACCUCACACAUCGAUACCGAUUUUGCAAGCAUCAAGAUUUGAUAGAUUUAGAGCUAUAGGUUGCUAUAGGAACCAAACAUAUUUGACUCUACCCGCUAGCCGGAUAGAGACCAAGUCUCCUUUUGUUGACACAGACAGUCUUCCACCGACCGAAUUUAAAAAGAACAACACAGUAUCGACCCAAACUGAAGAUAUUUAUUGCCAAUGUGGUACUCAGAUUAAUUUGAAGUGUGACACGUGUGAUCGGGGAGGUAUGGUAAGGUCUAAUGGCAACUACAACUUGGCAUCAUUGAAUGAGAACGGGGCAAGAAGGAAGUGUGAAGAAGAUGAUAAAAAGUUGAAGAAGCAUAAAUGUGAUAACUUUUGUGAUAAUAAUAAUAGUAGUAUUAGUAAUAAUGACAUUAUUAAAAGACCUAAGUUACGUAGGUUUUUUCCUAUAGUGGAUAGAAUUGAGAAGAUUGUAAGUGAUAGGUUCGCUCAGAGGGAGAAGGAUAUAGAAGAGUUGCAGUUGGAGAAGGAGGACACGGUCUUUUCGAGACCAAAAGAGAAGAGACAAAAGACUUUCUCUGUAGGAGAUGAUGACUAUGUGUUGUAUGAGAAGUGUGACUAUGGCACUUUUGAAAAGUGUUCUGAAACUACUGCUGACUCCGUUGAUUCUCCUAAGGAAGAGAAAGAUGCUAGCGGCUUUAAGUUUCCUGAUCUAAAGAAAGGGGUGGAUAAUCAGGUGCCUUCUCCAACUGAAAUGGAUAAGUUUCGUUGGCGAUUCGACUCGGCUGCUUCCAUGGUGUUCCACACCAAGACUGGUCUCCCUCUGACCUCUAGCCCGGCACCACUGAGGAGGGGGAACAAUUGCUUUGAUUUUGAUGACUCCAUAAAUGGCAUUUCUGGGAUUAAGAGUGCACUGUUUCACCCGAUCUCCCCAGUAUCGCCAGCACCACCGUCCCCGGCGUCCCCACCGCCCGUGGUGACGACGCCACCGCCUAAACAAUCUACCACGCCCAAACUGAGGAUGGGACCUAGUACUGGUCUCCUAGGCAGUUUCGAGGAGUCCGCUCUGAAGGGCCGCCUGGAGCCGGUGGCGACGGUGGCCGGGUUCAGCGCGGAGCUGGGCGCUUGCGGCGCCUUCUGCCCGCCGCAUCGCCGCCUGCCCGUCACCGUGUUCUUUUACGCACCCGGGGGAACCAAUGCGCCUUACAUGGGUCACAUAAACCUCGGACCGUCUGGCUACCGAGUGGCUCGCUCCGGCACCAUCCAGGUCUCGCUGUUCAACCCUCACGGCACGUUGGUUAAAAUGUUCGUCGUACUAUACGAUCUCACUAGAAUGCCAGCCAGCGCCCGCACUUUCCUGCGCCAGCGCACGCUGUACAUGCCGGCUGGCGCUGAACCGCCUAAAUUGCAGCACAAAUGGCUGCGGUACCUUAUACAUCUUAGAUUUAUGACCUCAAAAUCCGGUAAACUAUACCUCCACACAGACAUACGUAUCAUAGUGUCGAGGAAGGCAGACCUCGACACGGCGACUGCACACUCCGCCCUCUUCCGCCCUCUAGCGAGCAGUUCCGAGCGAGACUCCAAAAAUACUGACCGCCGUCCGAACCGCGUCUUUGGAGGCUGCUCCGAGUAUGACGACUUCAAAAAGGAGUUGGAUGGACAAAAUGGUGUAUCGUAUGAGUUAAGGAGCUUUACGUAUGCGCCUGACAAUCCAAAGUAUUCGCCACGGUAA